AUGGAGCUCUUCCCAAUGGGCGUUUGUACUGUACCAGCUGGGCCGCUUUUCGGUGCGGAGAACAAGGCACAAGCAGGAUUGGGGGGGGGGCAUGAUGUCACACUAGCCCCAUCAGGCAGGGGCUGCUCUGAUUAUCUACGUACUUUCCCCCAGCAGAUGCAUGUACCUCCGUACCGGCAGCCCAGCUCACUUCCAGUUGGUGCCUCAGGCAAACCACCCCGGUCCGCUAAGCCGUUCGCAUCAACUGUGCUCGGAAAGCCUCUGUCUGGUUGGACCAAAGGAAAAAAGGCUCGUUUUCGAAAGACCUUCAACCAAGCAACUUCCGCCGACGCUCCUCGCCUUCAAUUCCUCAGCCUCUCCCCGCGCGAGUCCUUCCCGCAAACAACCGCAGUCAUGUCUUGGUUCGGCGUCGCCCCCUUCAAGAAGUUCCCGGCUCCUUUCCUGAAGCCUUACUGGCCUUUCUUCGCCGCCGGCCUGGUUAUCGCUUAUGGCGCCAACUCUGCCCAGAACGCCAUGAUGGCCUCCGACGAGUGGAAGAACGACCCUCGCAACCCCAGCGUCAAGGCCGGCAACAAGGCCCACUAA